AUGCACCAGUGCGUAGUUGAAAUGACAAACCAAAACCUUACAGUGACGUUGACUGGCAAACGUGUUUUGGUCGUGAAUGCUGCCGGAGCUCCAGCUGCUGAUGCCUUUCUCAUGUUGGAAGAGGUGAGGGCAAAGGGCAACAAUCGCACGAUCUCUGAAUGUUUGCAAUGCAAGAAGGGCAAUUCUCCAUUCAUAGUGGAGAACGAGCGUGACAAAGCAUGCGACACAGCUGACAUCCUGGUGCUUUUGCUGACAAGGACAGAGACUGUGCCACAAACCGGCAGACAGCGCUUGAUCUUCGUAUCUGAAGCGCAGUACCAGGAGUACUUUGGCUUCUACGCUGGUAGAGCCUUCUAUCAAACCAGGGCGGCCAAACCUUGA